UGAGCGAUGUGGCCCGUGGAUAUUUUGUGGAUUGUUUUCAUCUAUUACGUCAUGCGCAUUUGUUUUGUAUUUUGUUUUUCUUUUCUUUUUUUUCUUCUACGCACUAUAUUACGCUCUCUUGCGCAUUAAUGUAAACCCCUUUUGCUUAUAAAAGCAAGAAAAACCGAGAUUCUCGCAUUUUGUUCGGACUCGUUAUCCACAAAACAUCGCACCCAUAAAAACGAUUGGAUGAAGACGAACACACCUACAACCUCAGGUCAAGGAGAAAGGAUGUCUAAACGAAAAUCAGAGGAGAACGGGGCUGCUGCAAAGGGUAAAAAGUUGAGAGAUGGACCGACCCCCAGAGCAAGUACCACCAUAUGUAAUGGCACCAACACAGAGGAUAUAACAGACCCAUUUUGUGACCCAGAGAAUCCAAAGAAAAUUUUGUUUCAGGAUGUCAGUGCUGCUGCAUACAAAAUAAAAGAUGGCAUUCAUAGGAGUCCAUGUAUUAAAUCAAGAAUGUCCUCCAUGUUGGACAUGGAUAUUUAUUUCAAAAAGGAGUUUUUGCAGUUUACAGGAAGCUUCAAAGAGAGAGGGGCAAGAUAUGCCUUGAUGCAGCUGUCAAAAGAAGAGAAGGCAGUAGGAGUUAUAGCAGCUAGUGCAGGUAACCAUGCCUUAGCCCUAUCCUACCAUGGACAAAGUCUGGGCGUCCCUGUGACUGUAGUCAUGCCAAUUGUAGCACCAAUGAUGAAAGUACAGGCAUGCAUAAGUCAUGGAGCCACUGUCAUUAUCAAAGGCAAUGAUAUUUCAGAGUCAAAAGAUCAUGCACAGAUACUUGGUAAAGAGAAGGGAUAUAUUUAUAUAAAUGGUUAUGACCACCCUCACAUCUUGGCAGGACAGGGAACCAUGGGAUUGGAGAUUGUAGAACAGGUGCCUGAUGUGGAUGCUGUGGUUAUUCCUGUUGGAGGGGGAGGUCUUAUUGCAGGGUCAGCACUGGCCAUCAAAAACCUCAAACCAUCUGUACAGAUCAUUGGUGUGGAGUCAGAGAGAUGUGCUAGUUUCUCUGAAGCCCUAAAGGCUGGAAAACCAGUGCAUACUGAAGCAUCGUCCACACUUGCUGAUGGUCUAGCAGUGCCAACAGUGGGGGUGAAUGCAUUUGUAACAGCCAAAGAUGUAGUUGAUAGAAUGGUUAUUGUAAAGGAGGAAUAUAUAGCUUUAGCCAUCUUGCGUCUGGUUGAACUAGAAAAAGCUAUUGUGGAAGGGGCUGGGGCAACAGGGCUGGCAGCCAUAUUGGAAGGAUUGCUUCCAGAGCUGAAAAAGAAAAAGGUGGUUGUGGCACUCUGUGGUGGAAACAUCGACACUACAGCUCUGGGUCGUGUGAUAGAACGAGGUCUGGCUGCAGAUGGCCGACUCAUUAGAUUUGUGGUGACAGUGUCAGACAGACCUGGGGGUAUUGCGGAGCUUACCAAGCUAAUGGCUGAGGUGGGAGUCAGUAUAAAAGACAUAUUCCAUGAAAGAGCAUGGCUGAAAUCAGAUAUAUUCUCAGUACAGGUGAAAUGUGUCAUUGAAGCCCGGGACAAAGCCCAUUCUGAGGAAUUGGAGGCCGCUCUCAGGAAACGAUACAAACAGGUGGCUUGGUUACCAAUGUACUUCUGAGUCCUGACAACGGUGGUAAAAGAUCAGAAUCUCUUGUGUUAAAAUGACAAAUACUCAUGUAAUCAUGUUUUUAGCUCAUCAAAGAAAAAGAAAAACCCAGGAAACUUACAUUGGUGAACAGGUGUUUGUCAUGAUGUGUUGUAUGAAAUUUUCUAUUAUUAACACUUAUUAGGUCACAGAAUACACAUUGUCAUCCUGUCUUAUACACAGAAACAUUGUGUCUGUUACUGGUAGAUAUCAAGAGUUUGUGAGUUAGUUACAUGUGUAUUUUGCUGUGUUGUUUUAACAAUAUAAUUGUAACAUCGUUGCUAGCCAUGCUUACCGAGUCAGGGAGUACCUACCCUACCUCAAAUAAGGUAGUGUGAAUGGAUACUAUAGAUGUGGUUUGAGAUGAUGAAUUGUAGUAUGCCAUUACAUGUAUUGAUAUCUUGUUACACAAUGAUCACAGAUUAUUCACUUAUGCUGUGUUGCUUGCCAAAAGUUGUAUACCUCAACUGGGUGUACUAAAACCAUAGAUUUAGAAAUUGCUAAAGAGUUGGCAUAUGUUGAACAAUUUCAAGAAUUUUGGAAUUAUGAUACAGUUUAUGACAUCAUACUUAUACAAGAACUAAUAUGAGUAUGAUGUCUGACCAUAUGUGAAAGCGAAAAUACUCAGUCAUUUUGGGUGCCAAAUCUGGAGUUUGUCUUUUAAAUUUGGAGUGAAAAUGAAGGGGGGGGGGGGGGGGGGGGGGGGCUCCUCUAAAAUCAGUGAAAAGUGACAAGCCAGCACAAAGUACAAAUACUUCCAGAUUUCACUCUGAUAUGACAUCAUGUACUUACUGUAUACAUAUAUUGCAUACUGGUACAAUGUAUAUGAUAUAUUUUGCAAUGUUAAAUAUUGUUUUAUCAUGUGUUUUUGUUGACAAUUUUAUAGGUUAUGUUUUAGUAGUAAAACCUGUUUAUAACAAAAGAUUUAAAAUAAAUUGACUGCUAUAGGAAAUUAAGUGUAUUAGAAGUAUUUUAUACAUGACAUUUAAGGUGCAACAUACUAUUUUUGUAUACCGGUAUGUUAAAAAGUUCAUUUUUUUGUUUUAUUGAUACUUUUUUUUCUUCUUUAACAAUACAGGGUAGUAGUAUAUAUACGAUGUGGCUUUCGUAAAUUUGACUUUUAAGUACCUCUUGAACCCGUGAAGAACCGGUGUAUAAAAAUGUAAUUAAUUCUUUGACUUGAAUAUUUGUAUUAUUUGUAUAAAAGCAGGUAUUUUCAGGUAUUGCAGCUGGUGUUAGUAGCUAUAGUGUUGUGGCACUACCUGUAGGGUAUUGUGUAAACAUCUUAUGUAUUAAAAGUGAAGAUGUAGAAUUCAUUUGUCAGAUCAACACUAUAAAUAUCUAUUUUGUAUCUUAACAGGUACCUAUACCACAAUAACAGUCAUGUUGUUAUCAUGCUUAAGUUCAUUUACAUGUUUAUUGCUAAUUGAGGUAAUUCCACCUUCAGUGACAUCAUAGGGUUUGCAAAAUCUUUAAUUAAAUUUUGUGCAUCGUAGAAGCAUGUUUUUUGUAGGAAUUUAAUUCACUGGGUACAAUAAAUAAUUUGGUAAAAUAUUUGAUGCUGUAAAAGUUUAUGUUUUCUAUGAAUUUGAUAUCUGAUAUCUUGCUUUUUUUUUUUUUUUUUCCAAUACUUUAUUUUCAUAUUUAUACAAAUUUACAUGCAACAGUUCUCUACAUUAACUCUCAUUUGCACCUGCAAUUACUAUGUGUACCUUUUGCAUCUACAACAACAAUGAUAAGGGUAAUUUUUAGGAAAUAAAUAAUGUGAUAAUUUUUUCACAUAUAUGUAUCAGCUUUUUAAACAGACUGCUUGUCAAUUAUAUUAUUAUAUAAUGCCCAUUUUCCAAGAAUUUUGGAUUUGCUUUGAAAUGCAUUUUCACAAUAUUUUUAUAGUAUUUAAACAAAUCAAUUGCAUCAGACAAUAUGGGUUUUGAGUCUUGAGUUCUGGUGAAAUAUAUCUGCAUUUUUGCUAACAAGAAAAUUUUCCAAAUAACUUUCGUCAAUAUUGCCUUGUAAUCAAUAGUCAAUUAUCUAGAUUAAAAUUAGACAUAUUGGGAUGAGACAAAUGCCAUAACUCUGCCAAAUGUUAUCCUACCAGACCCUCACAAGGAAUUUGCCUGCAGACCUAAAUUCAUUUCAAACUGUUCAGGUAUUAAAUACUGAGAUAAUGAGUGGAAAUUGAAUUGUUCAAAAUUUUUCAAAAGUUCAAGUGGCUCAACUCUUUCAAAAAUUAUUGGACCAGAACCAAAUUAAUACAAAAUUUACUUGAAUAUUUUCAGGAUUUAUUUAUAUCUCGCAUUUCAAUUGAAAUGUCCACUGUAACUGAAAUAAUGAUUGGAAAUUAUAAAUUGUUUGAAAAUUUUCAAAGUCCAAGGGGCAUAACUCUGCCAAAAAUGAUCUGUCCAGAUUCAGAAAGUAAUCUAACUAGUGUAUUCUCAUGAUAUAUCUAUAUUCAAAAUGAUCAUGUAGGACUGAAACAUUUUCUAAGUCCAAGUGGCAUAUCUCUGUCAAAAAUUAUUCAACCAGAACCAAACAAGAAUCUCAUGAUGUAGAUCUAUCUAUAUACUAAUUUUCAGUUGAAUUUGCACAUCCAUAGCAGAGAUGAUGAAUAGAAACUGAAUUAUGACAGAAGGAUGGAAAAGGAUAAAACUAUAGUUAGCCAUUUUAAGAUGGGGGGCAUAAAAGUGUUGCCUGUAGUGGUCAUUUCUCUGGUAUGUUUAUUAUACAGUGAUUUCCUCGAUAUCCACAAUUAAUUAUAAACAUUUAAAAUUAAAACUUUACCAUUACUAGUUUUUGGGGCUCACGUGAGCCAAAAGCUCCAGUGUACUUUUCUGAUCAAAAUUUGUCUGUUGUCUGCCAGCAUUGUAAACUUUCCACAGUUUCAUAUUCUUCUACAGAAUCACUGGGUCAACUUCAAGCAAACUUAUGUUUUUGGGUAAAGGGGAUUCAAAUUUGUUCAAUUGAAGGGCCAACAAGUUAAUUAAGAGUGGGUUUAGAGACGAAAAUCAAAUUUUACUUACCCUAGUACAUAAUUAAAAACUAACAAAUUUUUCAGAAAAAUCUUCUCCACAAAACAACAUGAAGACCAUGUUGUAAUAUUGUUAUAAAUGCAUCCCUAUGUUGUAUGGAUUGAAAUUCAGUUAAGUCAUGACCUUGUGUUGCUAGGGUAGGGUUAUAAUAUGGGGUCAAAAUAUGGAAAUAAAGAUGGUUCGAAAAACAGAAGGAACAAUGUGACUCGGGCGAGCAUUGUGGCCCAUUGACCUCUUGCUCAGUAUUUGUAUUUUGCUGUUUAACAAAUAUCGUAGUAGCACGCCAUGGCUCAAACAUUCACUCCUUUUCACAUGAAAGGGGAGAGGAGAGUACGUUUCAGCUGUGGCUUGUGGCAAUGAACGAAAAUGAGUGAUUUUCUGAUAUUGAGAUAUACUUCUGAUUUUGUAUGUACGACAUCUUUAAAAAAGAUGGCAACACAUACAUUUUCUUUGUUGAUGGAUUAAAUUAAACUAUAUUAAUUGGAAAUUAAUAGUUUUUCUACUUUGAAUCCAUGGAGUUACCUUAAUUAAGGUUUGUGAUAUUUCUGUGCCAAUAUUCUUUAAUCUGUUCAGCAAUUAAGGACUUAUAGUACAUUUUGUUGUUGUUGACAUUAUGGCAUAGUUCCUUAAUCAAUUAUUGUUUUAAAUUAAAAAGAAAAAGGAACAGUUGUAAAGAUGGAAUAUAACAAUACAAUACUAUGAUGUUGCAUGAAAAAUAAUUUUAUUUAGUGAUGUUUGAUGUCAUAAUAAAGUAUCAUUUGUGCAUAAGUACAGAAUUUGGUGCACCAUA